AGUCAGCAGUUUGUAUUCCUGCUGCUUUACAUGUACCUCAGACUUAACCAUCCAUUCACCUUCUCAGUUGGUUUUAGACCACAGGUCCACAGUAUAGAACUGUAGUAUCAUCAAGAUUUCCACUGAAAGAAAAUCGACUUAUGGAACUAUUUUAUUUACAGUGAAAUCAGAAUAACUUUGUUAGUUGUUGUCGGUAUUUUUGUUAGCACGCUGGGGGCUUUCUGCUCUCAGGGCUGUUUAUUGAUCACUUAGUCAGAUCUAUCAUUAUGGCUCCUGUGACAGCAGAAAACAGGCCAACGUUUUCCAUCGAGCGGAUUCUGGGUUUGGAGCUGAAAAGUCCUGGAAACUGCCUGAAACUCCACCGACCCUGGGCAGAGAUAGGAGCAGAGACAGAGAACAGAGGAAACAGUAUAUGCUCUAAACAACAACAACGUCAUCAUCCUCAGCAGCUGAACUCUGCCAGGCCGACAUCAAACUGGUAUAUCGGACGCAGACCGCGCACUGCCUUCACCAACAGCCAGGUAAAUGUACUGGAGACAGUGUUUCAGGUGAACUGUUAUCCAGGUAUCCAGCUGAGGGAGCAUCUGGCCGGGAGACUCGACCUGGACGAGGACCGAAUACAGAUCUGGUUUCAGAACCGGCGGGCCAAGCUGAGGCGUUCCCUCAGAGAAACCCGUCUUCAGCUGGUUCAGACGGCCGUGGCUGACCUCGGGGUCAGACACGAGGUCAUAGGUCAACUGAAGGCCAAGCGGAAUCUGCAAAGUGACCUGUAGCUCACCCGGUGGCUAGCCUCUCGUCUCCAGCUGGAGGUGGAGGAAAAGGAGGAGUGAUGCUGAUGACCUCAACCUGUUUCUGAUAUCAGGAUUGGCUGUUUACACGUACAUUUAUUCAUCAGUUUCUACCAGCUUCUGUCUUUCUUCUUCCUUCCUUCCAAAUGUCAUGCAAAAACACAACUGUGGAAAACAAAUGGUGACAAAUAAAAGUCACAGUUUGCUUUCUAACCCUAGUAUCACAGUGAUAAUUGGUGCACCGAUCGUUUUUGGUUUUUUGAAGUCUGUGAUUUUUAGUAAACAGGAUUUAAUGUUUACAAAAACAGGUGAAUCUAUCAAGCAUACUGAGGAAGUAUGCCGUCUGUUGUCUUGAAGAUUUGGCAGUUUGGAGAUUGCUGUGAGAUCUGGUCUGGAUCCAUUUGUUUAAUGCUCUGCAAUGUUAAAGUGUCUUAAUGUGUGAAUAGGUUUCUGUUUUCUAAACUGUACAAAGUCUAAUUAAAACUAAUUCAAGUAUUUGAA